AUGAUGAAGCUUAAGUUCUCUUACUUUUCUGGAUACUAUGGGUGUUUUCUUUUUCUGCAAGUGAUGGUGGCUUCAGAGAAAUCGAUGGUAACUACUCCCACAAGACACGUGUUAGCUAGAGUAGGAGGCCAGGCUGAGCUCAGCUGCCAGGUGACCCCACUACGCAGUUUAGAGUAUAUGGAUGUGAGCUGGUUCAGGAGUGGCCAUUCCCAACCUGUUUACCUGUACAGAGGUGGCCAUGGAGUGAAUGGAGAAGCUGCACCUGAAUAUGUGAAUCGCACAGAGUUUGUGAAAGAUGCCAUUGGGAAGGGCAGAGUGGCCCUCAGAAUUCACAAUAUCAGCAUUUCUGAUGACGGGCUUUACCAAUGUUCAUUUAAUGAUGAUAGUGGCUUCAAUGAUGUGACCAGCAUGAAGCUCAGUGUGGCAGCAGUUGGAUUGGAGACACAGAUCCAUGUUCAGGCUCCUGAUGCUAAUGGAGUCAUGGUGGAGUGUAACUCAGGAGGGUGGUUCCCACAACCCCAAAUGGAGUGGAGAGACAGCAGGGGGAAAGUACUUCCACCAUCAUCAAAAUCAUAUUCACAGGAUGAAGCCAGAUUUUUCCACAUGAAGAUGACUCUUCUCACAAACCAGUCACAGAGCAGAAUCAUAUGCUAUAUUUUCAACCCUGUAACAGGUGAAGAGAAGCAAACAAGCAUCAUCCUAGCAAAUGACCUCUUUAUGGAAGACAGCAUUUGGAUGAAUGUUUUAGUCUUCAUUGUAUGUAUAAUGCUUUUGGCAUUUCUGAUAUACAUCAGUUGCCUUUGCAGACCAGUUACCACAAGCAAACUCAUACCUGUUUUUCAUCUUGGAAAUGUUGAAUUUCACAUUGAUAAAUUUGAGAUUCCAAGACAUGGCUGUUAUUAG